AUGGCCCAAAAGGCCAGCCCACCCAGCGAGCCUCCCUCCUCUUUUGAGCGUCGUCCCCGGCGCUUCCGCAGGUCAACCUCCCGCGUCAGCCAUUACAACGUAGUCGGUGCAGUAAAGAAACACCCAGGAGCCGACCGUGCCAUUCACCAAAUUAGCGCGCAACUGAGGGGGAAGCGGCCCUCCUCAUAUUUUGAAUAUGUUAAGACGGAACAGGGGGAUCACCAAACAACAGACCUUGGUGAUGAUUUGGUAGAAGAAUCGUUGAAUGAAUCCAAAUCAACACCGAAUAAUUUGCGGUCUUCUUCGUCCUCAAAUAUUCCUGAUAUUAAUUCUACAGUUGAGAAGGAAGAAGAUGAAUCCACAGUUGUUGCCUCGAUAACGUCGAAAAUCGAAGAACUUGAUGAUAACUCGAAAGCUUCCCUGGAUCCUCCUGCGUCUGCAGCAUCAAACGCUUGGUCAGAAGAGUCACUGGUAACAAAGUCUGAUCAUAAGAAGGCUAUUCUACAGAAACAAAAGUCAUCCGCACCACGGUCUACCCCCUCAGACCCCACCACAUGGAAUCUUCAGGUUUGGCGAACCUCUCGGACUAAGGGGAUUGGUGCAGGGGGCACCUCUAUAAGUGUAUCAAGACAUCGCUACUCCACUACUUCCUCUACUUUCUGCAGAUCCCCAUCCCCAUCCACCUCUGGUAGUUGUCUCCACUACAAUAGCAACACUGGCAGAACUGGUAGUUGCGUGGAAUCGGAGCUGAGCGUAGCAGAACUGGCAGAAGCGCUGCGCCAACUGUCCCGGGAUGCUCGUUUCCGCAGCAUUCGGCCUCUAUGGCGUGACCCCAACUCGCGACUCCUGCCUAGUGACGAGACGGCUUCAGUAGAAGCAAUGCUACGAGAGUAUAAUCACCUCCUCCUCGCAGCUGCCACCAACGCCAACACAUCCUCCUCAUCUACCCCUCAAUUAGCCGUUCGUCGACCCUACCACUCAACCCUCAAUCGUUGGCGACAACAGGAACGUAUUCAAAUGGAAAACUUUAUUUUGGCUAAUCGUCUGCGCAACAUUCGGCCUAGCCCAGAAACCUCAAGGGAGGUGCUUUUAAAGCACUACAAGGAAUACUUCAUUACUCCCGUCACUGCGCAGAGCCUUACCAAAGGGUCUGCUCUAGAUUUGGACGCUUCGUUGCCUAGGAGUCGCCCUCGAUGCUCCUCGGCCCGCUCCGUCCAACUGGGUCCGCCAAGACCCUUAAAGCGCCUUACUGGCUUUGGCUCUGCACACACUACUCCGGCGCCCUCCCGCACCUCCGUCUGUGGCUGUGCUCCCGCCUCUGGAGGCUCCGUCAUAGAGACACCACGCUCUCGCGAGGUCCUUGACAGCCUUAACUCCGUGCGUCGGGCGAUCCACGAGCAGCGCGUUAAAGGCAAACUCUAA